AUGACGGUUGAGAGUGUCAUCAAGUGUAGCGCUGACCAACGUCUUUCGAAGUUUGGCGAGCCCGUGUGCGUGGUUUGCAAUCGAUAUGGUGAAUAUAUCUGUGACGCCACAAAUCAAGACGUCUGUAGUGCAGAGUGCCGCAAUAUCUGCAUUUUGAGAAGCCAAACGGAAGAUCAAGCAAACAAAAAGCUUGCAAAGAAAAGUGACGAGCUUCGACGUCAAUUAGGCUUAAAAGUCUCAUCUAUCUCGGCUUCCACGGCGGAUGUGUCAUCACUGUCAUGGCCUGUGCCGAUUGUGGACUUUACACAACAACAAGAUGGCGUGCAGCUACCUGAAAAAUUAGUAUUGAAUUUAAUUUCGAAUGGAUAUGAAACGCCAACACCUGUACAGAUGCAAGUAAUUCCGUGUGUGCUACAGGGACAUCAUGUGCUAGUCAGUGCUCCUACUGGGUCAGGGAAAACUGCAUCGUACUUGAUUCCAGCUAUCGCGCAGAUUUUGCAUGCUCGAGAUGAAAAGGAGGAAAUUAUGGCUUUAGUACUAGCUCCUGUCCGAGAGCUGGCGAUUCAAAUUGAAAGUGUGGCAAAAGUAUUGAUGCAUGGCAUCACAAAAAUGAAAACGGCGCUCAUAGUGGGUGGAUUUCCAGUUCCUCUUCAACGGUAUCGGCUUGAGAGUCGAGUACAAUUGAUUGUGGCAACACCUGGUCGAUUGCUUGAUAUCUUUACCAAUUAUAACGAUAGUGCCGCCAUUCUACCUGCUAUCCGAACGUGUGUAAUUGACGAAGUCGAUCUGAUGCUGGAUAGUGGAUUUCGGCCUCAAAUUACCCAAAUUGUGGCACUUUUCAAUGCACAAGACUGUAAAAAAGUUCAAAUGCUCUUCUUCAGUGCUACUGUUCCGGAUGAUGUCGAACCUUUCGUCCGACAGCUACUCGGCAAUAGUGCUUGUCAUCGUAUUGACGUGUGCCAUGAUGAAAGCAUUUUAAAUGAAUCCUCAAGCUACUCACUUAGUCCAAACGUUAUUCAUGAUGUGCGAUGGUCAGAAGAUAAGGCAAAAAAGAAGGAACUAUUUACAUUCUUAAAAGGAAAAAGUGAAGAGUCGACGCUUGUUUUUGUAGGAUCGAAAAUUGGCGCAGUGAUGCUGGCUGAAGCGAUUCAGAAGCGUUGUGGGCUUAUUGCUGCGGCAAUUCAUGCAGAUAAAUCCCAGCAAGAGCGACUGCGUCUGCUUGAAUCUUUUUUAACAUCAGAUGUUCCAGUGCUCGUAUCUACGAACGUGCUGAGUCGGGGAAUGGAUCUAUUGAACGUUGAAAAUGUUGUAGUUUAUGACUUUCCCAAGAAAAUUGCUGACUUCGUUCACUUGAUUGGCCGCGUGGGGCGUUUUCAGAAUGCAUCCGGAAAAGCUCUUACACUUAUCAAUCGAAACGAUUGCGCUCUCUUUCACGAUCUCGUUCGUUUGUUGCGCCAAAUUAAAGUGUCAGUUCCUUCAGAAGUAUACCGAAGUAUGCAAACGACGAAGCAAAAUAAUCGCGCUAAGGUAGCCUCAAUUGUGGUCAAUGAAUCUAAGCGAGCGUUUCGAGUCCGAAAGCAGCUGGAUAUCGACGCUCAAAGCUCGGACUGGAAGGAAUGGAGCAGUUAUAAUCUCAAACGAAGGCGCACAUGA